AUGGCACUGCCACCAUUAGAGUCAUCUGCCACCUCCACCAUGAAGACUCAGCUGUUCACCCCCAUGAUGAAUAAAGUCUUCUUCUUGCUGUAUGCACAAAAAUUUGCUACUGCAGAAGUAGUAAGUAAGAAGAUUGACUGCCACAUGUACCGCAACCUGUACCUAAAAGUGAAGGGCAACAUGUUCAAAAACAAGUGGAUUCUCAUGGAACACAUCCAUAAGCUGAAGGCGGACAAGGCUCGCAAGAAGCUUCUGGCUGACCAGGCCGAGGCCCGCAGGUCUAAGACCAAGGGAGCUCGCAAGCGCCGUGAAGAGGGGCUUCAGGCCAAGAAGGAGGAAAUCAGCAAAACUCCGUCCAAGGAGGAAGAGACCAAGAAAUAA